AUGGAGCGGAAUUUUGCAAAAGUUUUAAAUGAAGAGAACCAAUUUUCGUCCGAAAAUUGCUAUAAAAGUGGUGAAGAUGAGAAGGAACCUUCCAACGUGCAACCUGCAGAUUCGAAUGAAAACUCCAAGGUUCAACCUAGUAAAGCUGAAAGGAGAGCGCGGAGAAUUUUGAAAAAAUUAAAUACAAAACCGAUUCAAGGAAUAUCACGGAUAUGCAUUAAAAAAACCAACAAAGUGCAAUUAAUUAUUAAGAAUCCCGAAGUUCACUUAAUUGUGGGAGUUGGAACUUAUCUCAUCUUUGGAAAAGCAGAACUGCAAAAUAUACCCGAUGACCCACGAUUCACCACUAUACAAACUCUUCUGCCAAAUGAAGCACCAACUGUCUUAGAGGAAAGCAGUAGCGAUGUGGAAGAGGAUGGAAGUGUGGAGGAAAAAGAUAUACAAUUAGUGAUAUCGCAGGCCAAUGUGUCUAGAAAAUUGGCACUUAAAACUUUAAAGCAAACCAAUUCAGAUAUAGUUGAAGCAAUUUUACGACUCACUUAG